GCUGAAAAUAACUCUUUCUCUCUGAAUCUGCCUUGAGAAUUUGGCAUCCACUUGGCAGAGCAUAUGAGGCCUCACUUUAACAUCACACCCAAAACAAAAACACAUCCAACAGUCCAACCAUACCUCAGUACUGCACUGGGAAGUCAACCUAGAUUUUUGUGCUAAACCUCUGGAUUGAGACUUUAACCCACCAAUAUUUUACUCAGAGGUAUCACACACAAACACACACCCGAUGUACGCGGGCAUAUAUAUUGAUUUAAGAACUGAGGCAACAGGACCAAAAUUUGCCUACACCAAAUUUAUGGAAUGACAAAGAUUGUGCUAUGAGAAGCACAUUGUUAGAAGACAAACACAUCAAGGAAGGUGAAUAAAGCUGUGGCAGUUUGCACUCUACAUGAGGAACUGUAAGAUCACCCACUUGGGACCUGAGAAAUACAGAUCAGAGUAUUUUCUAAAUGCUAAGAAGUUUAGAACCGUGUGAGAGUAGGGAGAUUUAGGAACCUAAAUGCAGGACUCACUGAAAAAUCAACAGGUACAGAGAUACAGCUGCUGUUACACAAGGGUGGAAGUUAUUUUAUAGUUAUGUAAAGUUUUGCUUAAAACCUAAUUCGAGUAGGUAAUUAAUUCUUAGUACUGCACCUCAAAGGAUAUAUUGGUUUUAAUGGGGUACAGCAUAGAUUCACCAGAACGCCACCAGGAUUAAAGUGUUAAAUUGUGAGGACAAGAUACACGUACUCUGCUUGUGUUCUCUUUGUUGUGAAUAUUGAGGAAUAAUCUAAUUAAUGUAUCGAAGAUGGCUGAAGAAAUUAUGGAGAUAAAUUAUUUCCUUAGGUGGCAAACUCGGAACAAAAGCAGUUAGGAGAAAUAACGUUUUCUCUCAGCGACUAAAUAGUGUUUGGAGUGCUGCCUUAAAGCGUGGUAGAGGCAAGGUCAACUGAGGCAACCGAGAGAGCAUUACUCGAUUACUUGGGUAAAAAAAAAGGUGCAAGGAUAUGGGAGAAAAGCGAGAGAUUUGUACUCAGUAAUGAUGCUCAUUUGAAGAGUUAACAAGCACGACGGAUCGAAUGUCCACAUUCUACGUAUCAAGUCUUCUCUAGUUAAAGGGAACGUGAUAUUAAAAAUUGAGCCAGAGCUAGUAGUCGUACGAGGAAGCAUUUCUCCGCAUAAACGAGAAUAGAGAAAACAUUGUCUGUACUGACAGUGAAAGGGCUCAGUGCCCUAGGUUUAGCUCUUACUGUGAGGAACUCCGGUGCUGCAAGGUGACAGUGACAAUCGAUGAACCCACUCAUCUUACCCGGAGUACAAAAACUAACGCACUUCCGUUUCUGUCGUAGCUUUUAAUGCGUAGCAAGUUGCGCACUUUAUUUUACUAAUGCUAGUGGCUUAUAUUCUGAUGAGCUAUUGAGAAAGCCAUUGGAUUUAAUUUUCGCAAAAGUAACAGUUUGACUUGCAUUACGGGGAUACUAGCCUAUAACGGAAAGAGGCGGGAAAGUGAACUCGCGAGCGGAAGUUUGAGGAUUUGAACCGACCGAAUAGCCGGGUCAGAGGAUGGAGGCUCCGGUUGGCCGCGUGCGCUGCUCGUCGAAGCGCGCGGUGUUGGCUGCGCUCGAGCGCGCGGUGGAGCCACUACGGAAGCGGCUGAAAAACAUCCCGCAGGAGGCCCAGCAGAUCUUUGAGACUGCUGUUCAGGAGAACAUACUUAUCAAUGGCCUGUUAUGGCAAGAAGUCUCAGAGGAAGAUGAACUCAGACAUGGUAGUGACAUAAGGACUUUAGAUGAUGAUUUGGAUGAAUGCAUUAAAGAGACGGCUUCAAAACGUAAGCAGUUUCCAAGGAAGAUUGUUGGACAUCUUGCUAGGACUAUGAAAGCAGAAAGGGAAUCACUCAAGCAAUAUCAGCCUGUAGUAAAGUCUCAAUUGAAAACGGAAGUUGAUUCAGAACAAGUAUCGAAGGAGAAGGAGUUGUUGAGAAAUGCAUCAAAUAUUUCUCGAGAUAUGAGUGACACUAUGAAGCAUUUACCAGCAUUUAUGGAGAAAGCUGAAGGACUUUUGCAAACUCUAACUCUUGUUCCCAUUAUGAAGCAAUCCCAGACAAAUAAGGCAAUAUUCUCAACCCACACAGAGACGUACUUCCAAAAUAGCAAUGAACAAGCUCUUCUGUUUGAAAAAUCUGAUGUCACUCCCACAGAAACUGAAGAAAAAAAUUUGCUGAAGAGUCGUAAGUCACAGAAAAGAAAAUCAGAUUCUUACAUUAACCGACAAUAUCCAAAACGAAGAUUGCAUCUUGGUCAGUAAUCCUGCACGGUAUUCAGUGUCAACAGACAGCUUGUACAUUUUGUAUAGCAUGUUUUUUUUAAGUAUUUCUAGUCAGAUCUGGUGGAAAAGUUAGGCCUUUUGCAUCUUUCUACCCUAGCCACUUGCAAACUAUCUGCAAAGGUAUUUAUCCAAAGUUGUCUGUUCGUAUAAUUAGAUACAGUGAUAAUGCCUAGCCCUGACAAGAGGUUGUAAAGUGAGAUAAUAUUAAGUAGAUUUAAAAUAUUUUGUUUGAACAGGUGAAACCUAAAACAGAUAUGCCACCUUAUUUACUUUGACAAAAAGUUGACUUAGUCAGAUUCUGAAAUACAAAAAAUCUGAACUGUGUUAUAGAGUUCCAUUCCUGUUUUAGUGCUAAAAUCUCCAGAUAAGAUUUACUAAAUUGUAUGUAAAAAAAACUUGAUUUUUGUAUUGGUUACUUUUUAAUUUUUUUUCCUUCUGCUUUCUGUUCAGUUACUUCUUAAAUGAACAUAUCUGGUAUUCUAUUACACAGCAAUACGUAGUUAUGAUUCAGUUACUUUACAUCUAACAAAUGAUGACUCAGUUAAAGUAAACUUGUAUGAAUGUAUUGAAAAUGAAAUGGAAAUGAAAUUUGUUUUAUAAAUGGACAGUGAAAUGUGAGUUGUUUAACUACUUUUAACUAUCUUGUGUUAGAUAACAUUGAUUUUUAAAAAUGUGGAAUAACAUAUACCUGUUGGUCCUUUUGAAUAUUGUAAAGUUCAAGGUUGUAAAUAUUUACUGUCUGUCUUUGCAUGUUUCCUUAAUUUUAAAUAAACUGA